AUGUCCGUUCGACAAAAUGCUGCCCGCAAGAUUGCGUGCGACCGGCGGAAGCCGACUUGCGACUUCUGCAUCAAGAACCAUUUCGACUGCGAGUAUGCGGCAGCCAGACGGCCCGGCUUGCGGGCGGGCUACAUCGCUAAGUUAGAUCGGCGUUUAAUCGAGCUCGAACAACGAGUGUGGAUGUUGGAGGGUCAUUCCAAGGAGUCCGCUGGGAACGAUCAGGAAGUAUCCACUCCUGGAGUUAGCCAUCCUGACGCUUCCAUCAACGCUGUCUACUCUGGGGAGAAAGACUUACCAAUGCCAAACGCACCCAGUCAAACCGCGCUUACAACGCCAAACGCUAGCUCAGAUGAUAACACACUCGCCAGACACUCGUUUCAAUUUGAUCCGUUCUCAUAUCCUGUACUCUCUGAAUUGUGUUCCAUAUGGUUCAAAAGAUAUCAUCCAUGGUUUCCGAUUCUUCACCAACCAUCCCUCAUGGACUCUUUACAACACUUGAAAGGAUCGGAGACGCUGAGCCAACGCCUAGCUGUCAAGGCAAUUUGUGCAGUGACCCUGACUCACUAUGAGUCGCCAUUGGUGAGUGCAGAUGAACGGGAGCAUUGGUCAGACAGGCUGCGGGAGAGUGUUUACUUCCAGGCUUUGCAACAAGCCUGUCUUCAAUCUGUUCAAGCCUUACUCAUAAUCUCCAAUAUUGAAUAUGGAUCUGGUCGGUUUGAAAAAUUCUGGAAUGUGAUUGCGCUUUGUAAACGAAUGUCCUCCCAAUUAGGCUACGGCACACUGGUCAAAAAACAUGCCGACCAUAUCAACUCUUCUGCUUCAGUACCUCCACGGCUUCAUCCAUUAUCGACUACUAUAAUAGAUCGAGAAGAGCGAAUUCGUGCAUACUGGAUGUCUGAGAUGCUAGAUAGUAUGUCCACUGUGGGUGUUGAUUGGGAUACAGGAGCAUCCCUUCCUAUGUCUAAUGGAAUCUUACCCUGCAGUGACUCACUGUGGGCGUUUCCGGAACAUAUCAUCAAUAUUUGGUCUUUCGGACAAUUUCGCUAUUCAUCGGCUUUCUCGUGGCAGACGGAGGCCCAGAAGAUUGACGAGCGCUUGACUGCGUGGCGUGAGGAGUUUGUUGCAGCCGUCUACCGCCUCAUCAACGCUGAAUAUGCAGAAGAAGAACGCGCAGAAAUGGACCCCAACAUUGUCUUGACUAAUUGUGUGCUCGAUAUAGCCGUGGUUCUUCUUUUCCAGAGAAUGUCAACCAUCCCUCGCGAGAUAGAUCCGUCCACGGAGCCGUGGCAAUAUGCGACCAAUCGCUGUAUCUAUGCCUGUGAUAAUAUGGUCUUCAAGGUCGGCCAAAUGACGGAUGAGGAGCUCAGCGUCAGCAACCCACACCUCGUAUUUUGUUUCUUCACGGUCGCAAGGUUCUAUAUCGUUUAUGCUAAGACAGUGAACGCCGAUGUACCAGCCGGGCUAGAGUUAGUUUGCGGGGAACCAAUCCCGGAUAAUCUGGGGAUCUAUACAAAACCUGGGGAAGUGAUGUAUGAUAUGGCCUCGGCGAUCUCGGCCGAGGACUUUAUAUGUCCUCGCUGGGCCGCUUCACCGACACGCGAGCCCAAGACGUUCUUGGAUUUCUUGCAACUUAAGAUCACCCAUCUUUUCUGCACCAUGUUAGACGGCUAUGGCCUUGAGGUCGUGUUGACUGCGGCAAACUCCGCUGCUCAGGCGUGGUAUGGGUACGACCAGGGUGUUGUCAGCGGUAUUCUCAUUAGCUCGGAUUUCAUCAACGUAUUUCCAGAGACCAAGGUUUCAUCAAUUCAGGGUAUCACGGCAAGCUGCUUCUCGUUCUCUGCUUAUUCAUUCCCACAACUUAUCGUCGGUCGUGUGAUCAAUGGCGUUGGUAAUGGGAUGACCAGUUCCACGUGUGGAAUUUUCCAAGCCGAAUCUUGUCCCAGCGACCGCCGUGGAAAACUGUCCGUGAUCGUCGUUCUCCAUAAUGUGGUGUUCUACUGCGCUGCGACAUGGUUAACGUUGGCUUGUUCUUUUCUUCCUGGGGGUUAUCAGUGGCGAUUGCCCUUGGCGUUACAGCUCAUCCCGGCUAUGUUUCUGAUUGGCUUGCUCUCCUUUGUUCCCGAUAGCCCCCGAUGGCUCUUGAUGCGGGGCAAAACCGAAGCAGGACUUGAAGCUAUUCGCCGUUACUCUGGCAAGGGUCUUUUGACCGAUGAUCCCCGUGUUCAGAGCGAGUAUCAUUCGAUUAUUGGCGCUCUUCGGAUUGAAAGAGAAUCCAAGAUCUCAUUUAUCCAUAUCCUAGCUCGACGGGACCGGUCUAGCCAUCUAAAGCGGCUUCUUCUUGGCUGUGGUGGACAGUUUAUGCAGCAAUUUGGCGGCAUUAACGCUCUCAACUAUUAUUUCACUAUUAUCUUGAUGAACAACCUUGGCAUGAACGAGCUCAUGGCACGAAUCCUCACAGGCUGCAAUGCUACAUCAUACAUGAUUUCUUCAGCCUUGUGCUUUGGAUUGAUUGAGCGAUGUGGGCGUCGAGUAUUGAUGCUAAGUGGGCUAUCUUUUCAGUGUUUCGCGUACGUAAUGGUCGCAAUAUCCAUUGCCUUGCUCGAUAAAGCCCCCUACGAGUGGGGCAUUGUGGCUGUAUCUUUCUUGUUUUUUUACUAUGCAGCCUUUGGCUGCACAUGGGGUAUGGUUCCCUGGGUAUAUCAAGCAGAAAUUAACUCCCUGGCCAUGAGGACAGUGGGCGCCGCUGCUGCAACAGCCACGAAUUGGCUUGCUGGGUUUAUCUGCACACAAUUUACUCCCACUGGAAUCGAGGAAAUCGGGUACAAGUUUUACAUAAUUUUUGCCGUCUUCAAUUUGACGUUCAUUCUGGUUGUGUAUUUUCUAUAUCCAGAGACAGCAUACCGGACCCUGGAGGAUGUGGAUGUUUACUUCGACCGAGACUCAAACCAUCGCACCAUCAUACCCAUUCAUGAUAAAACUGCCAAACAGACAAUGCGGCCUUUGGAAGCAAUUGAAGCGGAGGCAGCAAGAGUUGCUAUUACGGAGGCAGCCGAUGCCAAAGGGUCAUCAUUUCAGCAGAUUGAUGAUAUUGAUCGAGUCGUAUAA